UCCCGCCAUUGUUCCUCUGUUUUCCCUCUGUUCCUUCUCUUUCUUUCUAUUCUGACCCCUCUUCUCAUUUCAGUUCUACAAUCUCUCUUUCACCCAAAACCGAUUUCUUCCCCUACCUUCCCCCAGACGCCAAUUCGCCGUUAUUGGCGUCUGGUUUGGCUCCUCUCGAGCUUGCUACAAAGCUGUAAACGAUGAAAGGCAUAAUUCAAGACGUGAAAGGAAGAAAAGCUGUCUAUGGAGAUGACUGGAGCAAUGCGUUCGCCGCCGGUCCCAGGAUUUUCGCCCCCAUUGCCUACAUCUUCUUCGCUUCCGCUCUCCCCGUCAUCGCUUUCGGGGAACAACUAAGCCGGGAAACAGAUGGAAGCCUGAGCACGGUGGAGACCCUGGCUUCAACGGCUCUUUGCGGAAUCAUCCAUUCCCUUAUCGGCGGGCAGCCAUUGUUGGUGGUGGGAGUUGCAGAACCUACUGUCAUCAUGUACAGCUACAUCUACACUUUUGCCAUUAGCUCCGAUGCCGUAGGAAAAAAGCUCUACCUUGCUUGGGCUGGAUGGGUAUGUGUAUGGACAGCUCUCAUGCUCAUUCUCCUCGCCGUGUUCGACGCCUGCAACAUCCUCAACAAGUUCACCAGACUUGCAGGCGAGACAUUUGGAAUGUUGAUCGCCGUUCUCUUCUUCCAGCAGGCCGUAAAGGGGAUGGUGGGUGAGUUCAGCCCUACGGAGGGCGAGGACGAAAAAUCACCAGACCACAGCUUCCAGUGGCUAUACGUAAACGGCCUUCUGGGAGUCAUCUUCACCUUCGGCGUUCUCAUCACAGCUCUGAAGAGCAGAAAGGCGAGGUCUUGGGAAUACGGCACCGGAUGGUUUCGAAGCAUCAUCGCCGAUUACGGCGUCCCAUUGGUGGUGAUGGCAUGGGCGGCACUGUCGUUGACAGUGCCGCGCCAGGUUCCCGAAGGAAUUCCGCGGCGGCUGCAGACUCCCCUGCCCUGGGACCCUGCCUCAAUGGGACACUGGACCGUCUUCAUGGAUAUGGCAAAAGUGCCACCAGGGUUCAUUCUGGCUGCGAUCAUACCAGCUGUGAUGGUUGCAGGGCUCUACUUCUUCGAUCAUAGUGUUGCUUCUCAAAUGGCACAACAGAAGGAGUUCAACAUCAAGAAGCCCUCUGCUUACCAUUACGACAUUUUAAUCCUCGGCAUCACGACUUUGAUUUGUGGAUUGAUUGGUCUCCCUCCCUGCAAUGGAGUUCUCCCGCAGUCUCCUAUGCAUACCAAGAGCCUUUCGGUUCUCAAUGGACAGUUGAUAAGGAAGAAGAUGGUGCAAACAGCUAAGGAAAGCAUGAUGCAGCACGAUAGCAAGUCGAAAACCUACGGCAGAAUGGAGGAGGCCUUUGUUGAAAUGGAUGGAAGUGCAGCUCAGCCAUCAGCGGCGAAAGAGUUGAAGAACCUGAAAGAAGCAGUGAUGAGUGAAGGAAGCAAAGAGGGCGGCGAAAGCAGCUUCGAUCCGGAGAAGAUCGAUGCUUACUUGCCUGUUCGUGUAAUCGAGCAGCGGUUCAGCAACUUCAUGCAAUCGCUUCUUAUCGGCGUGUCGCUAAUGGCGAUGCCUGUGAUCAAGAAGAUCCCGACUUCGGUCCUGUGGGGGUAUUUCGCUUACAUGGCCAUCGACAGUCUCCCUGGAAACCAGUUCUGGGAAAGAAUUGUUCUGCUUCUCAUCACUCCCACCAGACGACACAAGAUUCUGGAAAGGCCACACGCAUCGUUCGUGGAGACGGUCCCCUUCAAAGAGAUAGCCAAGUUCACGAUCUUCCAGCUGAUCUAUUUCCUGAUAUGCUUCGGAGUGACGUGGAUCCCGGUUGCCGGAAUCCUGUUCCCUCUGCCUUUCUUCUUCUUGAUAAGCAUCAGGGAGAAAAUCCUGCCCAAAUUCUUCCAACCCAAUCACCUGAAGGAGCUCGACGGGGUCGAGUACGAAGAAAUCGAAGGCGACCCGAUGCGCACCCGUUCGAUGUCGUUAAGGGUAACCCGAAAAAGGACCAAUUCGAGAGACGCAGGAUUUGAGGAAGAAGCUGAGGUGUUUGAUGAGUUAACUACUGGCAGAGGCGAGCUGAGGCUGAGAUCUGCGAGCGUGAGUCAGGAGAGGAGCAACCAGGCAAGGAGUAAAAAAACAGAGCAUGGCAUUUUGAAUGCUUUCUUGACAGAUGCUAAAGGUUGUUUCUUUCCUUUUUGUGCAGGUUUAUCCUGGGAAUUUCUUGGACGGUUAAAGAUGGCGAGUGAUUUUUUUUCUUUUCUGACUAGAAAGAGAAAAGAUGGAGGAAAACAAGACAUGUGA